AUGGCUUCACAAGUGUCAGAAAAACGAGAUAGUACCCUGGAUGACAGUGGUUCUGCCAACGCUGCAGUGUCAACCAACGCGUCCAGUGAUAUCGAGAAAGUUGCUGCAAAUACAGAAGAUGCAAACUCUGAUGGUAAAGGCGCAAAUGGAGUCGAGCUUGAGUGGGACGGGCCCAACGACCCGAGAAACCCCCUGAACUGGCCCAUUCACAAGAGAGCCAUGCAAAUAAUCUGUGUUGCACUAAUGACGCUUUUGAGUAACCUCGCUGCAACCAUGUUUGCCCCAGGCGCACUACAGCUUGAGACAGACUUCAAUUUCAACAGCGACGCCAUCUCGAGUCUCACAGUGUCCAUCUAUCUCAUAGGAUACUCCCUGGGGCCAUCUUUAUGGGCUCCUCUGUCGGAGACGUACGGCCGACUGCCUAUCUACACCGCCUCUUCAGCUGUUUACUGUGGCUUCAUGAUAGGGUGCGCCUUCUCAACCAACCUCGGGAUGUUCAUCGCCUUUCGCAUCCUGACCGGAGCCGCGGGGUCAUGUCCCAUGGCCCUUUGCGGCGGCACACUGGCCGACGUGUUCGAGGAAAAGGACCGCAACAAGUGGAUGGGCCUCUUCGUACUCGGCCCCCUCGCCGGGCCUGUGAUUGGGCCCAUCGCUGGUGGCUUCAUUGCUCAGGAAUAUGCUGUGUUGGCCAUCUUGUGUCUCUUGUUUUUGCGCGAGACAUACGGCCCGGUGCUUACCAAACAGCGCAAGAACACUGAUACCAGCACUAAUGUCAGUACUACUGGCCAGUCCAAAUCUUUGAAGGAUGUGCUAAAACCACUGGCCAUCGUUAUUCGCUCUCCUAUGGUCAUCCUUCUGUCGCUCUACGCCGCGUUCACCUUCGGGCUGCAGUUCAUCCUGUUCACGACAUUUCCUGAAGUUUUCAUGGGCCAGUACGCCUGGGGCGUAGGCGUUUCGGGCCUGGCCUACCUCGGUGUCGGCUUUGGAAUGUUCUCUGCCGUAUUAAUGCACGAUCGCCUUGCCAAUUGGAUUGCCAAGUCUCGCGCUGACAAGAACGGCUCCAAUGUCCCUGAGGACCGUCUUCCGCUGAUGGCGUAUCUUUCAUGGACACUGCCGGCGGGCAUGUUCUGGUACGGCUGGAGCACCUACUACCGUGUCCACUGGAUUGUUCCCAUCCUGGGUACCGUGCUGGUCGGUAUGGGCUCAGUAUUUAUCAUGAUGCCACAAAUGGUUUACCUCGUACAGGUGUUCGGGGCUGAGGCUGGUGCGUCCGCAUUGGCCGUGAACAUGAUCGUCCGGUAUAUCGCUGGCGCGUUUCUUCCACUUGCAGGUCCUCCUAUGUAUGCAAGGCUCGGCUAUGGCUGGGGAAACAGUCUCUUGGGGUUUCUAGGUAUUGCCUUCAUGCCACUGCCAUGGAUCCUUUCUGUGUACGGCCAGAGAAUUCGUACACGAGGCCAAGGUCAAGUUUGA